AUGGACAACCAGGGCGGCUAUAACGCGGGAGGUCAGGGUGUGACACAGGGUGGCGGAUGGAUGCCGCCUAUCCGCCAGGAAAUGCAGUACCUCUGUGCAGAUUGCGGUGCGGAGAAUGAGAUCAAGGCACGAGAGCCGAUUCGAUGCAAGGAGUGUGGUCAUCGUAUAAUGUACAAGAAGCGCACCAAACGCAUGGUCCAAUUCGAGGCACGAUGA